AUGAGAAGACUGUCCCCUUCAACGCUUCGUCAGAGGGUGCUGCCUCCUGUAGCUCGACGAGUGCUUGGUGUAUCAUCGUCAUCGACAAGGACUCUUCAGACGAGCAGCAGUCUUCAACUACCUCGAUCCACAUAUCCUAGACGGUCAUUCGUAGCCUCUUCUACAAAUGCCGCUCCGGAAGAACCAGAACCUUCAUCGAGCCCCGAGUCUGUGGAGGCAGAGAAUGGAGAAUCAUCAAAGUCAUCGAACGAGGCUGCGACGCCACCAGAUGCUGGACAAGACCUUUAUCAAUAUACCACCUCGGUGAUUCCUGCUUCCAAGGCUAUCUCAACCAUACCUGCAGAGCUUGGCCCAGCUCUUACCCAUCUGUCAACCUCUUUUUUACCUGGCAAUCAGCAUCUCGCCGAAGAGCUCAUACCCUCAAGUCCUUUCACCAAAGUAAUAUCCUUUCCUGAUGGAUCUGGUAGACCUAGAACAGAUCCGAUAGAACCACCAGCAGAGUCAAAUCUUUCGGCCCCCGAAGCUGUAUUAGCUUUGGCAUCACCAUUUGAAGGAGGAGAAUCAUAUGUGACGGAUGCUGUGAAGCGAUUGGCGAAUGAGCUGAAUGCCGAUAUCGUGAAGCUAGAUCUGCUGAUGGCGCUUGGCUUAGAUGGUCCAGCAUCUCCGCUUGGUUCUCAUGGCAUCGAAUCACCGACUCUGCCACUCUCCUUGAAUCCUCUCUAUCUGCCACCCGCACAACCUAUAAUGACCUCCAAGAAGGAAGUUGUAGAAUCGGAGGAUCAUGAUGAGCAGCAAGGUAUGCCUGGGAUGUUUACUAGUGUUCCUAUAGCUGUGGUUGGCGGGGGUGGCGGGGGGAUGAUGCAGUCUGGUAUGGGAGGAUUUUCAGGUUCGGGCGGUUCUGACGAGGAUGUACCUCAAGGUUCUGUCAAUCAGGAAUGGAUAGAAUUCUUCAGCAAAAUCAUCAAUGCUGGUCCAUCACAACCUGCGCGGAAACGGAUUAUCGUGCUUGAAUCGGCUAUUACAAUGUCGAAGACUUUCCCUAUUUGGUGGCCUUCCUUCGUCGAAGCGGUACGAAGGAGGCGGAAAGGUCAUUUACAAUCAGGAAAAUCAGGUCGAUCUGGGAAACUUUCCAACUUGAAUACCCCUGAAGCAGCGUUGCUCUAUCCUACAAGCAUAAUACUCCAAUGCACACCUUCUUUGGCCCUGCCACAUACCGCUCCUGCUUUCGCUUCUGCCGCUCGGGAUGAGGAUGGAUCCUUGCAGGAGGAAGAUGAACUCGCCGACGAAUUAGAUGAAGAUGGAGAUAGUCAUAUGGACCCCGCUCAAGCCGCAGUCGCUGCUAUUGAGGAGAAAUUCAAGAGCAUGGGUAUCAGUGUCCACUCUCAUGUCGAGGUGGUCAAGCCUCGGAAUGAUGCUAAGUUAUGGUGGGGAAGUGAGGAAAGUGAUCCAAACGCCAGGAAAGAGGGUGACAAAGGUCGUCUGAGCUUGAUGCUAUCCAAAGGCAUUUCCAAUAUACUCCCCUCCUUCGGCGCUAAAACACCAGAAGGCGCGCAAACUCCCACAAACCCGCUUCGUAGAUUGUUGAUGGGCCGUUUUGGUGUACCUCCUAACCAGGGGGGUAAUACCAACGAUACCUCCUCAUCUAUCGUUUGGAAAGCAUACCCUGUUAUUCCUCAACACCGUAACUUCCAGAUCGAGAAGGAAGCUCGUAUAUCUCAACGUCGUGUAUGGACUGCUGCGCUGAUGCAACGAGCGGUGCAUCAACUUGGUGGUGUCCUCGCUGAUCCCAUGGAUGUUCUGCGUACCAGCGAGACGACUGGUCGACCACUUACUCGGAAGACGGAAUCCAGCGGCUUUGGCAAAGGUUGGGGCAAUUCCGUCGUUUCUUGGAACGAUGCGAUGCAUAUAGCUAGUAUCGCGCUUGGUACUGCUGUUCGCUCAGAUCAGCUAGAGAACGGAGUGGCAAAGAUUCACUGGCAAGAUAUAAUCCGAGCUCGAAAAGGUAUGAGUGAGGAGAAGAGGUUAUUCAGCGAGCAAGUGAAGCGGCACAUCCCAUCCGCUCCUCCCAAAUCGGGUCGCAAGAUUAGCACUAACAUAGAGGAUGAAGACACUCCGCCAGUCAUGCUUGAUCCAGUGGUCGAACACAUCAAGAAGUCAAAAAGCCUUUCGCAGCACGAGAAGAGAUUGUUACCCUGUAUCGUCGAUCCAACCAAACUCGCUUCGACGACAUUCAAGGAUGUUCACUUGCCAGAGAAGACAGUCGAUGGUAUUAGAUCGAUGGUCUCUUUACCUCUUCUGUUCCCUGAAGCUUUCAGAGGCGGUGUAUUGAAAGAUCAUGCCACCACCGGUGCGUUACUCUUCGGUCCCCCUGGUACCGGUAAAACUCUGCUGGCUAGAGCUGUAGCGGCAGAGAGUGGAGCUAGGAUGCUGGCCAUCCAACCUAGCGAUGUCAACGACAUGUAUGUUGGAGAGGGAGAGAAACUCGUGAAAGCGGUUUUCAACCUUGCUCGUCGCCUAUCCCCAUGUGUAGUCUUCCUUGACGAAGUCGAUGCCCUUUUCGGCGCCCGUAUAUCUCGAGGCUCAGCAGGUUCAAUGUCACAUAACCUUCUCCUCACAGAAUUUAUGCAAGAGAUGGACGGUCUAAGCUCUGCUAUUGCAAAUAAGGAUAAGAGAGUAGUAGUCAUCGGCGCCACCAAUAGACCUUUCGACCUUGAUGAUGCGGUCUUACGACGAUUACCGAGAAGACUAUUGGUAGAUCUACCCAGUGCUGAGGGAAGACAGGCCAUCCUGGGAAUUUUACUCAGAGGCGAGACCAUGGCUGAUGAUGUAGAUUUGGAUAGACUGGCCAAGGAGACUGAUGGCUUCUCUGGAUCAGACUUGAAGCAUCUUUGUGUCAGUGCCGCUUUGGCUGCUGUGAAAGAUACCGUUCAGGUGCCUUGGGCUAAGGGUGCUGCAUCCGAUCCAGAAGCUCCUGCACCUGUUGUUCAUCAAUCUCCUGCUGCUUCUGGAGGAGGCAGUCAAGCUGAACUGCUGGUUUUUGCUCCCUCAGACGGCGGGGGAGGAGGUAGGAAGAAGGCUACGAAACAAAAGGCUAGUGCUCCAAUAGCUGGACCAUCACGCCUGAGUUUUACAACUAUGGCAUCCGCUUCUAAUGAUCUUAAAGAAGAUGGUGUCUCAGCGUUUGAAGGAGAAGGGGAAGGUGAUCAGCAAAUGGCUCAAGGGGAGGUCGAUGAGCUAUUAAGUGCAAACAAAACAGGGCAUGAGAACCCUUCCGAGGAGCAUGUAGAAGAUGUCGAAGACAGUAACACGUCUGAGGAACCAAUAAUGGGAGCACCUAAAUUUAGGGUUGUAGCAUGGAAACAUUUUAAAAUAGCUUUGGAAGAGAUUAGACCGUCUAGUUCGGAAGAAGGCAGCUUGCCUGAAUUAAGAAAGUGGUCGGAACAAUUCGGUGAGGGUGGAACGCGAAAAGGAAAGAAGAGUGGAUUCGGUAAAGGUUUCGGAUUCGGUGAUGAGAAACCUGAAGACAGAGAGUCAGGUUAUGGGAAAGUCAAGAGAGACGAUUAG